AUGAUUCAGACUUUUAUUGCAACCGCUUUGUUUUUUCUGCGUGUCUCACAUCUAAAUGACACUGAAUUAACAGGCUUGAUGUUCACGAGCCUGCUGCUCAUCUCACUGCACGCGGCAUUGGUGGCAGCUAUGCUGGACAUCAGUCUGGAUGAGCACUGGAAGCUGUGGAAGAAGACGCAUGGGAAAUGGUACCACAGCCAGCUGGAAGAGCUUCAUCGCCGAGGAGUGUGGGAAAAGAACCUGGUGCUCAUCACAAGGCACAACCUGGAAGCAUCAAUGGGCCUCCACAGCUACCAGCUCAGCAUGAACGUCCUUGGAGAUCUGACACUGGAUGAGAUCCGUCAGUCUUUCGCCACCUUGACUCCCCCCACCGACUUCCACAACCUGUCUUCGGAAUGGCCGCGCAGCCAAAUGGCUGCCGUUCCCGACUCUGUAGACUGGAGGGACCAAGGACGCGUCACAAGUGUCAAGAUGCAGGGUUCGUGUGGUUCUUGCUGGGCCUUCAGUGCGGUGGGGGCUCUAGAGGGCCAGCUGGCCAGGGUCACGGGCCACCUGGUGGACCUGAGCCCCCAGAACCUCGUGGACUGCUCAGGCAAGUACGGCAACCGCGGCUGCUACGGCGGCUUCAUCAAGGCGGCCUUCCGCUACGUCAUCGACAACGGAGGCAUCGACUCGGAAAAAAGCUACCCGUAUACGGGCCAGGUGAGGAUCGCGCCCUCUUGGGGUGCUUCGUUCGGCGACGGCGGCUACAUCCGGAUGGCUCGCAACAAAAACAACCAGUGCGGCAUCGCUCUGUUCGCCAGCUAUCCUGUCAUGUAGUUCACAACGCACUCACAGAAAGUAAAAAACAUCAAUUAAUAAUAAUAAUUGUGAUUAUUAUUAUUGUUGUUAUUAUUAUUAAUAUACUGUAGGUUUAGGGUUUUAAAGAACGAUUUCAAAGAAGCGUUAAGGUUUCAAUGUGAGUCUGCUUCAACGUGGGUAGAGUUUCAAAGUAGGGUUAGGGUUUCAAUGUAUGGUAUCAAACAAGGGUUAGUGUUUCAAAUUCGGCUUUCAGAGUAGGUUUGCGGUUUCACAUUAGGGAUUCAAAUUAAGGUUAGGGUUUCAAAUUAGGGUUUAAAACUCAGGUUCGAUUUCUAAAAAGGGUUUCAAACUAGGGUUAGGGUUUCAAAUUAGGGUGUCAAACUAUGGUUAGGGUUUCAAUGUAGGAUUUCAAACGAAGGUUAGGAUUUCAAAUUAGGGCUUCAAAUGCUGUGCAUCUUAUUUGGGGAAUUGUGUGAGUGAACAUUUAGCAUUUGUAAUGGGAGCAAUGGGAACCUGUUUUGUUGAAUCUGUAUAGGGAAUGAAAGGGGAAAAUG